AUGGCCAACGACUCUUCAAAUCAGGCCAAAGUGGCCAUACCUCCCUUGAACUUAGAGGAAGAAGACAACAUCAUCCUGACGCGGAUUACCAACGACGAACGGCCACUCAGGCGUGUAUUAAAGAGAUUCCAUGGCUAUGUUGCUGCCGUCUGCCCUCCCGGGCCUGUAACAACGUCCGCCAGCUCGAUUGAAGAUGCUCGGGAAGCAUUCUUGGUAGAAUUGGCGUCGUAUCAACUGUCGUUGAAAAAAAGUGCCAUGGUUUGUGAGGCAGAAACGAGGCAGGUGGAAGAAUAUAGGCGGGAAAGGCAGAGAAUAGAACAAGAACACGAGGUGCUACGUACGCAAAUCGAGGAACUGAAGGUGGCCUUGGAACAUGCCCAAAUGCUGAGGCGGAGAAAGAUUGAAUACGACCAAGUAACUGAGCGAGUCAAUAUGCUGCCGCCACGAGACGAACUGGAGCAGGAAAUAAGUGCUUUAGAAAACGACAUGGCUGCAAUCAGAGCAGAACACGACACACAAGACAGGACACUUCACAGUCAAAAGGCUGCUCUGGAUGACAUCGUCACAGACCUCACCAAUCUGCGGUUUAUUGGCAAAGACAAGGAUGCUACAUCUAUUCCCACUUCGCCCGAAGACGCGCCCGUUGAUCUUCCAGAAACCGGGCCUGAACCAACUUCUGAAUCUCAGUCGACGCCAGACAACGAAAAGGAUAACAGGAGCGAGGCGACCGCCCUUGAUGUUAGCACUUCAGACAAGGUCCCGGAAGAAGGUGCUGUCGAAGACGACAUUGAAAUGGGGGAAGUGGAAGAAGAGCCGAGGGACAAGACGAAGAAGAAACCGAGAGAAGAAGAAUUGGAGGAAGGAGAGGCAAGCGACCAGAGUAGUGAGCUCUCGGAGCCUCCGGAUGAUUAA